ACCUAUACAAUGAUGAAAUAAUCGUAUUUUAGGUAAACGCGAAUUUUCAAUUAGAUUAUGGCUGCAAUACUAACAAAACUUAAUAGAAUGUUGGAAUGUCGGAUUUGUCUUAAUACUUAUCACAAACCAAAGCAUCUUAAUUGCGGCCAUACGUUUUGCCAAGAUUGUCUAGAUGGCAUUUUAAUUUUUAAAAAAGAUGGAAGCGCUGAACUUCAUUGCCCAUUGAGAUGUAGCGACAAAACAUUGAUAGGUCAAGACCAGACAACAUCAUCAUUGCCAACCACAUAUUGCUUGACUGAAAUUUUGGAUGAAAUGCGCCGUGGUGAUGAAGUUGACUCUACAUCAGAUGAAUGCAAAGAUAUCAAACAACUAUCAAUACACUCCAGUGCCAAACAUGAUGCUGGUAAUGGUGACGACUGCAAAAACAUAAAUACCUUAACCCAAAUGUCAUCACCCAAUGGUAGUUACAGUAGAAGAGUGCACGAUAUUCAACCAUUUUGCGAACAACAUAAAUUACCUUCCCAUAGCGUAUGCAUUGAGUGUGAUAACAUGUUUGUGUGUGUGUAUUGCGUGCACAGAACACACAAAAACCAUAAAACCAAAAGCGUCACUGAUUUUGGUUUUGAAAUUAGGAACUGGUUUAAGGAACUUAUUGCAUACCGUCGAAAAAAUAAUGUCGCAUUAGGCCAGUUAACACGAAAGUUUAAUGAAGCUUUGAUAAAUCUAGAGCGUGAGAGAAAAAGAUUUGUGCGGGCAUUGGAAGAGCGAAAGUUAAAGAAAAUGGCAGAGUACCUAAAAAUACUGAAGAAAGAAGGAAAAAAGUUGCUGAAAGAAUUUGAUGAGAAAACGGAGGAGUUUAAAAUAGAAGUAAAUGCAGCUGUUAAUACUGCCAAUACUCAAGUAGAAGAAUUGUCCGAUUGCUUAAGCGCGCUUAAUUCAAAAUCAGACUUUAAACUUAUAACAGACAAAAUAGAAAUUGAACGAAGAAUUCACUGUAUAGUUUCUUUACCGAAAUAUAUUUCAAUUUUUAAUUCACACCUUCGUGAAAUUAAAAAUGAGGAUUUUCUUGCGCAUCCAUUAGGCGAACUACAAAUUUCAAUUUGCAAUACAAGUAAAGGCAAUGUGAAUGAAUUGUCUAUAUUCAAAAACUUUAUCGAACAAAGUGAGAAUAGUUGGGAUUAUUUGCAAUUGACAAAAGAUUUGAUGGCUUCAGCUGCUCGUUUGAAAGAGUAUGAAGAAUCUCGUAGAGAAGAGGACGAUUCCUGUCAAAAUAAAUCAAAAAGAAAAACGUGUGGACAAUACCAAGUUGGAUAUACAAGUUCCACUUCUCUCUUAGAGAUUUAA